ACUCCUACUGGGGGAAUUCCCAGAGCACACUAUAAAAGGGCUCCCACUGUCCUUUCUCCAUCAUACCUGUUUGCUGAAAAGAUGAAGUGUGCAAACUUGGCUGUGCUGCUGGUCUUUCUACAAAAUGCCAUUGCACAGAAUGCAACCAGCAUCACACUCCAGAAUGUGCCUACACCUCUUCCUACCCUGGUGGAAUAUCUGACUGAACCUCAGGCCACACUCAACAAACCUCAGUUCAUGCCAGAGCCAUUUGCCAACGUAACCGGCUCUUUGAAUGAAAAUGGAGUGUGCCAAUGCUCAGUGUACCUGCCAGACACCGCCUUUCCUGUGCAGAAGGUCGAGAUGCUGGAAAUCACAGCCCGAGUGCUUUCUGAGAAAUUUGAAAUAGAACUUACUAAAGUUAGCCAAUAUACCAAAGCAAUUCAAAUAUAUGAACAGAAAAUCCGAAACCUAACCAUCAAGGUGGAACAUAUGGAGUCAACCAGUGUUUCUUACACUGAGUUGGACUUUCAGUUACUGAAACUGGAAAUCAAUGAAAUGCAGAGACUGGUCACUCAGCUGAAAUCCACACUUGUUGGAAGCAAUGUGAUUGUUGAACAACUAUACGUGGAGAUUAGGAAUCUGACUGUCAUGGUAAAUGAUCUGGAAUCAUUGGACAAAAACAAUAUCCUUGCAAUCCGUCGAGAAAUUGUGACACUGCAGAAUCGAUUGAAGGAAUGUGAAAAGGAUAGAAAUCAAACCACUCCACCCUCCUAUUUCCCACCAGGUAGUUGUGGUCAUGGUGGAAUUGUGAAUAUCAGCCAGCCCUAUGUUGUACAGCUGAACUGGAGAGGAUUUCCCUUCAAAUAUGGUGCCUGGGGUAGGGAUUACUCUCUUCGGACGCCACAGAAGGACCUAUACUGGGUUGCACCUUUGAACACAGAUGGAAGAAUCUUGGAAUAUUACAGACUUCAUAAUUCCUAUGAUGAUUUGCUGCUAUUCAAAAACGCUAAAGACAAUAGAAUUGUAUACGGGGAAGGCAGUGGCACUGCAGUUUACAAUAAUUUCAUGUAUUAUAAUAUAUAUAAUACAAGAGAUAUGGGCAAGCUCGAUUUAAACACAAACACAUUGGCUUUGAGGAAAACUCUGCCCAACGCUGCUUAUGGUAACCGUUUCUCUUAUGCUGGUGUUGGGUGGCAAGAUAUGGACUUUGCUGUGGAUGAAAGUGGAUUAUGGGUAAUUUAUUCAACUGAGGAAAGCACGGGUAACAUUGUGAUUAGCAAACUCAAUGAGACCACACUUGAUGUGCUCCAUACUUGGAAAACAAGGCAGUACAAGCCAUCUGUUUCCAACGCUUUCAUCGUAUGUGGUGUUCUAUAUGCCACAAGACCUGUCAACACUAGGAAAGAGGAAAUAUUUUACAUGUAUGACACCAACACUGAACAGGAAGGUAGAAUUAGUAUAAUUAUGGACAAAAUGUUAGAAACAGUUCAGAGUAUCAACUAUAACCCCUCAGACCAAAUCCUGUAUGUUUACAAUGAUGGCUACCUUGUUAGAUACAAUCUGAUUUUUCAACCUGCGUUACACUGA